CCCCCUCCCUCCCCAAACACGCGUUUCCCUUUCUCCCGCGCGGCUGCCAGCCCAGGCUGGGUGCAGGGGAGGCGGGGGGCAUCCCGGAGGGGAUCCCGCCCCCUCCCCCGGCCUCCUGGUGCCCCCGCACCCACGUGAGUUCAGGGCCAGCCGGGAUCCCACCAGCACACAGCGCGUGCCGGCUCGGCGCCGGUGCCUCUGCCGUCCGGUUCCCUCGCCAGCGCAGCGCGAUCCCUGGCGGGUCUCAGCUGCCCGGGCCGGGCGCUUCGCCGGGCUCCGGCUUCUGCAUCCGGCGGUAGCCAGUAGGCCGAGGCGCGGGCAGGCCGCCUCAGCCGCUCCGAGUGUGGAUAGAAGAUGAGCAGCCACGGAAACAGCCUGUUUUUGCGGGAGAGCGGACAGCGGCUGGGCCGGGUGGGCUGGCUGCAGCGUCUGCAGGAGAGCCUGCAACAGAGAGCGUUGCGCACACGCUUGCGCCUGCAGACCAUGACGCGCGAGCAUGUGCAGCGCUUCCUGCGCAGGAAUGCCUUCAUCCUGCUGACCGUCAGCGCUGUGGUCAUCGGGGUCAGCUUGGCUUUUGCCCUACGCCCUUACCAGCUCACCUACCGUCAGAUCAAGUACUUCUCUUUUCCUGGAGAGCUCCUCAUGAGGAUGCUGCAGAUGCUGGUGCUGCCACUUAUUGUCUCCAGCCUGGUCACAGGUAUGGCUUCCCUGGACAACAAGGCGACAGGGCGAAUGGGGAUACGGGCAGCUGUAUACUACAUGGUGACCACAGUCAUUGCCGUCUUCAUUGGCAUUCUCAUGGUGACCAUCAUCCAUCCUGGGAAAGGCUCCAAGGAGGGGCUGCAUCGUGAGGGUCGAAUUGAGACCAUCCCCACAGCUGAUGCCUUCAUGGACCUGGUCAGAAAUAUGUUUCCGCCCAACCUUGUGGAAGCCUGCUUCAAACAGUUUAAGACACAGUACAGCACAAGGUUGGUGACCAGGACCAUUGUGAGGACAGAGAAUGGAUCAGAGCUGGGUGCCUCCAUGACUCCUCCAUCCUCGGGGGAGAAUGGAACCAGCCUCCUGGAAAAUGUCACACGAGCCUUGGGAAGCCUGCAGGAGGUGUUGAGUUUUGAGGAGACUGUACCUGUGCCUGGCUCAGCCAAUGGCAUCAAUGCCCUGGGUCUCGUUGUCUUCUCUGUGGCCUUUGGGCUGGUCAUUGGCGGCAUGAAACACAAGGGCCGAGUCCUGCGGGACUUCUUCGACAGCCUCAAUGAGGCUAUUAUGAGGCUGGUGGGCAUCAUUAUCUGGUAUGCACCUGUGGGAAUCCUGUUCCUGAUUGCUGGGAAGAUCCUGGAGAUGGAAGACAUGGCUGUCCUCGGGGGUCAGCUGGGAAUGUACACCCUGACUGUCAUCGUGGGCUUGUUCCUCCAUGCUGGAGGUGUCCUGCCCCUCAUCUACUUCCUCAUCACUCACCGGAACCCUUUCCCCUUCAUUGGGGGCAUGCUGCAGGCUCUCAUCACUGCCAUGGGCACAUCUUCCAGCUCUGCAACACUGCCCAUUACCUUCCGCUGUCUGGAAGAGGGCCUGGGUGUGGAUCGCCGUAUCACCAGGUUUGUGCUGCCCGUGGGGGCCACUAUCAACAUGGAUGGCACUGCCCUCUAUGAGGCCCUGGCUGCCAUCUUUAUUGCCCAAGUCAACAACUAUGAGCUCAACCUGGGCCAGAUCACAACUAUCAGUAUCACGGCAACAGCAGCCAGUGUUGGGGCUGCUGGCAUACCCCAGGCGGGGCUGGUCACCAUGGUCAUUGUGCUCACGUCGGUUGGCCUGCCCACUGAAGACAUCACACUGAUCAUUGCUGUGGACUGGUUUCUUGACCGACUUCGCACGAUGACCAAUGUACUGGGGGACUCUAUUGGAGCAGCUGUCAUUGAGCAUUUGUCUCAGCGGGAGCUGGAGCUGCAGGAAGCUGAGCUCACCCUCCCCAGCCUGGGGAAGCCCUACAAAUCACUCAUGGCCCAAGAGAAAGGGGCAUCCAGGGGACGGGGGGGCAAUGAGAGUGCUAUGUGAGGGGUCCCCAGCUCUGAUGCUCAGAGAGAAGGGAAGGGUGCUGAAUGACUGUGCACUGAAUACACAUAUUCUAUCUGGGGGAAACUUAGAUAAAGGAGCAGGAGGGAAAGGCGUUUAGGUCUCCAUUUUUCUCUGAGCAUAAGCUGAGAACUUGGUGGUUGGUAAGCAAGGCAAGGGAGGAAAUGCUUCCUAUGGGGGUGGGGGCAAGGGAAGCUUAAAGUUUAACAACAUGAAGGGUCAACUCAUGUUUCUUAUUUUCUUAAGGAACUGAAGAAAGUAAAGGAAAACCACUAUUUCUCAUAAUAAAAUGGUGUC